UGUUAACUAGAUCCUUUUUUUCCAAAAAAAGAAAUUAUAUUUUCACAAUUUCAUUUUAUUUAUUAUUUAGUUUUGUUCAAUUAUUUUGUUAUUUUAUCAUAGUAAACAUGAAACUUAAAUAAAUAUAUUAUUUAUUAUUUUUUUUUAAUAUUAAUGAAAAAUGUCUUUUGUUUAUAUUGACAAUGAUCCUUGGUUAAUUGAGCAUGAAAAUUGUGAAAAACUGUACAGACAAAUUGAAGGAUUAUUAAAUGUAAGAGAUCUUGAACAAAGGUCUUCAGAAAAAUAUGUUUUAUACUCCUCACAAAUAAGACUUAGAUUAAAACAAUAUACAUCUGAGGUUCAACAAUUAGCACAUAAACUUAAAGGACUGGCCAAUUCAAAAACUAUUACCUCAGAUGAAGAAGAAAGAAGAUACCGUAUGAUUGAAUUACUUCAGAGUCGAGAUAUAUUGUUGAAUCAACAUUUCCAAAAUAGAAGUAACAGUAAUAGCGCUUUAGAACGACAAGAAUUGUUGAAGCCUUGUACAAGUAAAUUAAAUUCCAAAAAAAAUCUUACAUCUGGCUGGUUAGAUAGUGAUGGUUAUGACGAUGAUGAAAAUAAUGAUAAACAGCCAUUACUUAAGAAUAGUAUCCUAAAACAACAGGAACAACAGAGCAUGAUAAAAAAACAAGAUGACGGACUGAAUGAAUUAGCAUCUAUUGUUUCAAGGCAAAAAAAUAUAGCUAUUACAAUUAGUAGUGAAGUUGAUUUACAAAAUGAAAUAGUUGAUGACAUCUUGGUAAAAAUGGACAAAACAACAGCUGGAAUUGAUAAUGAAACUAGAGAAGUUGUACAAAUAUUACAAAAAGAUUCAACCAAAGGACUUUGGUUGAUUAUCAUAUUAUUGUUGAUUGCCAACUUGGUAGUUGCUCUUUCAUGAAAAAUAUGAAGUGUAUGCAAGUGAAAUAUAGCAAUAUAUUUAACUUAUGAAAUAAUAUUUUUUUAUAAUUAGAUUAUCCUAAACUUUAAAAAUAAGUGUUAUGUGAUUUUGUUCAGUCCUUUUAAAAUUUUAAUUAUUAUCAAAUUUAAAAUGUAAAUGUAUUUUCAUUAAGUU